AGAAAAAAUAUCAUGUCGUUACAAUAUUUUAUUGUAUGAAGUGUUAAAUAUUUUUACAAAAAUUUAUAUGCCAAUGGCUACGAGCUCAUCCACGGCAGCUGCAUCGGUAACAGCUGCCACAGCUACAUCUUCGUCUAUAAGCACAUUGAGUAGUGGUGCUAACAGUGGAAGUGGGAGUGCCCCUUUGAUUAAUACAAACCCAGCGCAAUUUCGAGAAAUACAUAAAAAUACUUGGCUUAAAAGAUUAACAGCUGAAGGCAAAAAAAUUACUGUAGGGCCCAAAAAAUCUGAUCGCAGCUGGGUUGUUUUUUGUGUGCACGAUGACACGGACGCCCUUUUGGAGGGAUAUGCAGAGCCUCGUCAGGCAGCUGCUCACAGUCCGGAGUGGAUCGUUUCGAUGCAGGACACUUUACACAUUUCGCAUGCACUCAUUCCAAAUUCACAUGAAUUCGAAUUUGUCGUCACGCUUGCUAAUGAAGUGAUACGCUUUCAUGCAAUGUCAUGGGAAAUUAUGCAGGAAUGGGUUGAGACGUUACGGUCUAAAUUGCGUGAAAUGAAAAUUCUAUCGCCACGAGAGAAUCUCUAUACAAAGUUACCUGAAAUACGUGCUCCACUCCUACCCACUCGUGAUCCAACAUCACCACUGCCGGCACCACCACCCGUACCAGCAGCAAUAGUACCAGGCGUUGAACGCAUUGUACCACCAAGUUCAGUUCAAGACAUUGCUACUAAUGAAGCUCUUUUAGAACGACCUAAUACUACAAUAGCAGUCACAACUUCUACUGUAGCACAAUCUCUGCCAACAACUACAACCAUUUCUAGUAAUAGUGGCAGAGUACAUCUGCCCACAACUACGGCAAACGUAAGCAACAGUGGUAGCAAUUCGUCAGUGUCCAAUGUAUCAACUACUACACCUCAAGCAACGGCAUUACCAGCCCUUACUGCCAUGUCGAAUACACUUACACAGAAUCUCCUGAAUUUGCUUUCCGAUCCUAUUAGUGCGUAUAGCGAGCAAAUAAACGAUGCUUUACAUAUGGAGGAGAAUAACUUUAUUCAUGAUGCGAAUGACACCUAUUUUGACGAUGAGUUUCUUUCACCAAUUCUAAGAAAAUCACAACAAAGACAUGGAACGUCAACAAUUAGUUCUGGUAACAGUGUACGUGUAGAUAUCGGACAACGUGCAUCAGCAGAUCAAAUCAAAAACUGGGAAAGUUUGGUGCAAGCAGAAAGCGUUGUGUCAUCAAGACUUCAAACCUCCCGUUCGCUGUCCGCUGGUGCUGCCGAUACAUCCCGAAAGGAAGUCACAAAUUCCUCAAUUACUCAUAACGUAUCCACCACGUCGAGUGAUGACAAUAUCACAGAGUUCGAGAUCAGUGUAGAUCCACAAUCCGAUACGUGGCCGAAUACUUCCAUUACCUCGACUAACAGUGAAUCAAUUGAACAGUUAGAUGUAGAUAAAAUGAACAUCACCAUCAUACAAGUAUCAGCAAACGAUAGCAAUGAACUGAAACAGCAAAAAGAAACAAAAACCAGUGCAAAAGUGUCCAAUAAACGGGUCACUGGGGAAAUUUUCAAAUUCCCCGAUGCCGUACAGACCGAGUACAAAAGCAAUGUGCAAAUCAUUCCGUCCACAAAAUCAAAUAGUAGUACAAUACAGGUACUUGGUACUAAAACCACUACUACAACAACAAAUACUACCACAAAAACCACACCAUAUGCAACACCAGUAAAAAGGCCGAACCACAACAUUUCAUCAGCAACAACAACGGCGAAUUUACCCGCAGAGGAGUUGAAAAUAACAACGGUACAUGUAAUAGGCAAUAACCCAGUAGUGACUGCCAAAGCUCCAGAAGCGCACAACACCAUUGUUUCCAAUGCCGUUUCCUUAUAUGGCACGUGUUACAACUCAUCUGCAUCCAGUUCGACGGCUCAGCCAGCAAACGCGUCCAGCAAUAAUGGGACGCCUAAAAUGAUGAAGAAAAUCAUACUUUCAGCUAAUACUUCAGGCAUAACAAAUAUAACGGUGGAUAAUGCUAGUACGUCAAACAGGCCGGACAGAUAUGUUAUCGCGCCAGAAGCAACUAUCAAACAUAAUGCUGGAUCGGUUCACUAUGAAAAGGUCUUUCUAUCAACUAGUAAUCCACCAGAGCUAGACAUCUCGUCAAACGCUACGCUCAUAGGUACCGUAACGACCACGGUGCCGCCACUAUCACCCACAUUAAUCGGUAACUCAACGACGCAUGCGCGCGCUGAGGUGGCAUCUAGUUCGACUGGUAAACCCGAAAACGAAUAUGUUUCCAAACCGUCUUCCCCAAUACCCCAGAGAGAGGCACAUAAGCAAAUCAAGCCCACGCCAGCAGCUCGUACCGUUAGUCCAACACCACACGUUGAAAUACCGUCGCUACCGCCGAAAAGCCGCCACAAAGCAAUGCAAUCGCCAUUAAUGGCACGAGCACAUCCGUCUAACGUCAGUCCCAUGUUGGAGCGUCGACGCAUUACAACAACUACAAGUCUUCUAACGCGCACUACCACAUCAUCGCCACCGCCAACGUCCCAUCAAGCUCCGCCUGCUUCGAUACCAACAACUACAACAACAAAUACUCAAUUUCCCUUACCUGGCCGCGGUCACUUACUAACGCGCGGACUUACUGAAGCUGUGAUAACGACUCGACCGAGUCGCCGUGAUUUUCAUUUACUUAAAGCGUCUGCGGUAAAGGGAAAACCAAAAGCUGUUGCAGGCAAUAAAAGUGGCAGUGCGGUGACUUCAAACAACAAUGGUGACAAUGUAUCUGUGCCGCAACCCUCAACCAGCACCGGUAGCAGUUCGAAUGCACCGCAGCACAACCGCAGUCGCAAUAGUGAAUUAAUGGAGCAACGUCGACGUAGCUCUUCUACAUCUGAUGCACGCACCGGUCCUACACGCGGUACCAACAACAAUGAACUGCCUGGCGCGCGUAAUACAGCAUUGCGCUUUCAACAUCCGCCCCAACCUUUUCGCAACGCCGAAAAUGGACUGGCAAAUGAUAGCGGGAACGGUGGUGUAGCUGGCAGCCACAUUGGUUUAUCAUCGCCGCUGCCAUCACCCAGUGGUGCUAAUAGUUCGCCGGCGAAUAAGCGCAUGACACUGCGCGAACAUCAGGUCAUGCAAUUGCGGCGUGAAAUCAUGCAUCCCGGUGGGGUGCGCCUGCAGCUGCGACGCAAAGAUUGCCUGGGCUCAAUUGCAUGGGUAGAUGCUUUUGGUGCUGUGUGGGUGGCUGGUUGGAAGCAAAAAGAACAUCCAGUGCUGUACAAUGCACUACAUAUCGGCGACCAAUUGCUCUCCAUUGCCGGUACAGCGAUAACUACAGCAAAUGAGGCCAACAAAAUAAUACGCAACACGAAUACGCUUUUUGUCGAGGUGCUCGUACGUCGCAUACCCUUCGGUCGCGGCUACGCUAUACGACGUGAGCGUGAGGGUCAGUGUUUGGGUCUAAUACGCGAUGGCAACACAGCCACCAUUGUUGAUGUAGUGCCAAAUAGCUUAGCAGCACGGCAUGGACUGCCACCCAAGGCACAAUCCUGUGAUGGCACAACACUUACAUUCUGGGUACUUACUGAGAUCAAUGGGCGACCUUUGAAUCUAUUUUUCAAGGAAAAUGAGAUACGCGAUCGCUUGAAUUCCGUGGGACGCGAUAUCUCCAUAUUGGUGCAACCUUCAGACUUAAUAACAAAACUUAAAAAACAAUUGAAAUCGCUACGUGGCUACAAGGAUUAUCUUGUGCAAUAGUGAAAUCACUUCAACACGUUGCAAACUAACUCAUUAGUAAUUUUUAAAAAGACAUUUUUGCAAAAUAGACUAAGAAAAGAAACACUUCCAAGUUACAAAAGAAUACUAAUCCCUCAAAACUUUUUAAUGCAUAUAACUUCUAAUUAGAUUUAAAAUUGAAAAAGAAAACUAUUAAAAAAUUAUAAACUAACAACAGCCCAAUUUUGCUUCAAAAGUAAAUAGGGCAAGGAAUGAAAAGUCGGUUUGCAGGAACAUAAUCAAGCAAUCAUAAAGUGGAAUUGUAUGCCGUUCGUUAUAAUAAGGAAAAUAUGAAACAUUUAAA